UUUCAAUUUCCUUUAAGCUUUCCUCUCCUCUUCGAUCUUUGACCUUCUGAGUAAUAUAUUAAAUCACUUAAAGAGUUUCCUUUUCCAGCACCACCGCAAUUUCCUCCGGCAGAAGAAACCAAAAAACCCUAAAAAUUUGCAAUUAUACAACGACGAGCAAGAGGAGUCUCCUUUAAGAAGGUGAAAAUGAGUAGGCUUUCUUUCAGGCCACGGCCAUUAGAUAUUCAUAAGAAGCUUCCUAUUUUGAAAUCGUUUAAAGACUUUGAAGACGACGACACACCAACUUCCACAACUAGAAACUCUCAGCUUCUGCGUAUUGCUUCUUCUGUAGAUGUUGACAAUGAGGUGCAUCCAGUGGCAAGGAAGAAACUGGUUUCGGAGAUACCAACACCUGAGUUUGUUGUUGUGGAUACUUAUGAAAGAGACUAUUUAGCUACUUUUGGUCAACCUGCUUCUUAUCUACGUGCAAGAGGAGCUCGGUCUGAGCUUGGAGAUUUUGUGGAGUAUGAUCUUGACAAUGAGGAUGAUGACUGGCUUUAUGAGUUUGAUAAGGAUAACAAGCAACUUUCACCUGAAAUGCUUGAGAGCAUUAUUUUUAAGCUAGAGGUGUUGGAUCACAAAACGAGGGAAAGAGCUGGUGUUAUUGCACCUACCCUUGGUUCUCCGGUUCCUGUGCUUUUGCAGCUUGAUGCUGCUAUUGAGGCCUUGCAAUCACUGUCCAUUAAUUAUGGAGUCUUUCAGGCUAUCUUCAACUACUGGAAAGACAAGCGCAAAAGAUGGCAGAAACCUGUGUUGCGGCGUUUACAGCCUCCUCCACCGGUCAAUGACACCAACCCAUACAAUGUGUUUAGGCCAAGAGAGAAAGCUCACAGACUCCACACAAGAAGGAUGCAGAGGAGAGAAAACAAUGUGCAGUCAUUUGAAAAGCUUCGACAGGUUAGACGCAAUCUUGAACAAGCGAAGACCAUUCUGGAGGCUCUAAUUAAGAGAGAAGAAAAGAAGAGGGAUGUGAUGGAUGGUGAGGUUAGCCUUCAGAGAAUGCAACUCCAAUACAGGCAUGAACCAGAACUCUUGGAAGAAACUUUGGCUCAGCAUGGCUUCCCACCAGCUACAACAUCUUACAAAUAUGGCUCAAGCGACGAAGAAGAGUUGAUGGACUCAGAUGACUACACUAGCACACAAGUACGCACAAGACCUCCCGUUAUCCCCAACUCUCGUUUCACAAAUGGAUCUCAACCCUUAGGCAUAAAACGAGAAGUUAGAAGAAGACACUCCUCCCAUCACAAUUGGCUUCACACACUGGAUCCUAAUGAACCGGUGAUGCUGUUCACAAAACCGCUGGUUCCUGAGAAACUUGCAGCUGCAGGGAUCGUUCCUCCAGCACCUGGUUCAUCAACCGGUCAACCUCCAAGUCGGUUUAAGGGGAGGAUUGGGCGUGGCGGCAGGAUAAUAUUUGAUAGAUGGAAUCCUUUGAUGCAGUCUCACAUUAACUGCGGAGACUCUUUAUACAUUGCACCAAAUCACUAAUCUAUUUUCACAAUUUUUCUUUGUAAAGACUUUUCAAUCACACCAAUGAUGAUGAUGAUGAAGUUUAUGUGCCUAAAGUAUUUUGCACUUCUUUUUUACUGUUUGUAUCCGUUAAGAGCAACGGUUCGGUUAUUUCACAAACCGGUUAGGAAAACCAAUAAUUAUUGUGCGAGGGACUAAACUGUAAUAAUAUGUUAAAUGCAGGACAAAAAUGUAAUAGUCUCUUAAAUGCGG